GCGCUCCCCUCACUCGCUCCUCCCGACGCGCCGGGGGCGGGCGCUGCCGGCCGCGCUCCGAUCGGCGGAAGUGUCGCUGCCCCAGUUCCGGCGAACGAGUCGCGCCGCCGGGACAGCAGCGGGCAUGGCGCUGUGGCUGCCGCGCUCCCGGGACGGCGGCGCCCCGGAGGAGGAGGACGAGGAGCGGGCACAGGCUGCUGCCUUCCGCCAGCGCCUGCCGGAGGUGCAGACAUACAGCCAAGGGAUUGAAUUAGCCUGCCAAAAAGAAAGAGAGUUUGUGAAGCACUCUGUAGAAUGCACAUGGAACCUAGCAGAAGCCCAGCAAAAAUUUGGUAAUUUAGCACUGCAUAAUUCAGAAUCCUGUGAUCAGGAAUCUGCUCAAGCAAGGACAGAAGCUGCCGAGUUGAGAUGGAGAGAGGAAGAGUGGAGAAGAAAAGAAGAAGCACUAAACCAGAGGGAACGACAGAAUCUAUGGAACACAGAUCCUGUUAGUAAAGAAGUUUUUAAUAAGAGUUUUAUUAAUCAAAAAAGAAAAGAAAUUGAAGAUGAAGCUGUGUCUGAACCACUUAUGCAAAAACAUGAACAAAAGAUUAGACACUUUGGCAUGCUGAGCAGAUGGGAUGAUAGUCAAAGGUUUUUAUCUGAUCAUCCAUACCUUGUAUGUGAAGAAACAUCUAGGUAUCUCAUGUUGUGGUGUUUUCAUCUAGAAGCUGAACAGAAAAGAGCUCUGAUGGAGCAAGUAGCACACCAAGCAGUUGUAAUGCAGUUUAUUAUAGAAAUUGCCAGAAGCUGCAAUGUGGAUCCAAGAGGAUGUUUUCGUCUCUUUUUCCAAAAAGCCAAAACAGGAGAAGGCUACUUUGAGGCCUUUAAAAAUGAACUUGAGGCAUUCAAGACAAGAGUGAGAAUCUGGUCACAAUCACAUGGCUUUCAAACUAUGUUACUCCAUGAUCUCAAUGUCAGUCCUGGUUGUGUGGGAGAGUGGACAUCUUUUUUUCAGAACACAGGAGAUCUGCAAGGUUCCAUAAACACAGAUGUCUGCAGUUUCAACUCUGUGAUACAAAGAGAUGAAGAAGAAUCCAAAAUGAUGGACACAUUAUAGUACUUUUAAGACUGAGGCCAAGUACUCUUUUAUUUCCCCUUUGGUUUUGUUUUUUUUUCCCCUCAAAGAAACAAACAUGGCUAUUUUCUUGACACUUAUUUUUCUGGGUACUGCACUUUAUUUUUCGUGUCAGAUUUUUGUUGUUUUUAUUUGAUUUGGGCAGGGGGGAGGGACUUUGAAGGGUAAUUAAGGAAAGAACUUGUAAUAUUGUUUGAAAUGUGCUGCUAGGUUUUUAGUUGUCUUUGAAGAGCAGGGUUCUUUUAUUGCCGAAUGUGAAACUGGAUGUGUUUUCUGCUACUAACCUUGCCUUUCAUGACUUUAGAAAUGAAACAUCUGCACAAAUACAAUGUUUACAAGAAGCAGCAGAUUCUUGGUAGAAUCUGCUAUUGUCUUACUACAGAUGUGGAUAUGUUUUACUCUGAGUAUUGGAGAUCGCAACUGUAUUCAUGCUACCUUGCUGACAGUAUAAGCUCUCAAAUUUGGUUAUCACUAAUAGCAAUAAAUCAGUAUCUGGUAUCAGUAUUUCUGAUCUGAAUGGAUUAGAUUAAAACACUGGCUUUCUACCUCUACUAAGGGGAUCUAAAUGUUAUAUUGUACUUUCAUUAAACAUAACUUGGUUUAAUCCUAAAAGAUAAGCAACACUUGUCUACAAAUGAGUGCUGGGUUGUAUGAUUUCUGGGAGUCUGAUUCUCUUCUUGUUCAUCAAGCUAACUUCAGAUUAUCUUUUAAAAACCAUGUCUUGUUAUGGUAGAAGUAAUUUAUGAAGGAAACUUGUACAAGGAUUAGGCUAAGACCUCAGUUUAAACAAAAAGCUGUGCUACAGGUCACAUGGGGGGGGGUGGGGCAGUGUCAUGCAGUCUUUGAAAGACACUUCAUAUGCAACUCAACCAGAGUGGGUUUCUGACAUUGUCAAUUCAAACAUUAAGUGGAAAACCAUUAAAAGCUUCUUGUUUAAGAA